UUUCUCUUCCAUUUACAAGAUUAAUCAUGAAGUUUUCAACUAUUGUCGUGAUUCUGUCACUACUUCUCCGCUGCAACUCACUAGACACCAUAACCAACCCUUUAAAGGACGACGGCAGCUUGAUCAUCUCUAACGGUGGAAUCUUUGUUCUUGGAUUCUUCAGCCCCGGCAAGUCCACAAACCGAUAUGUCGGAAUUUGGUACUUAUUCUCCAACCAAACCGUCGUCUGGGUUGCCAACAGAGACAACCCUGUUCCUGAUUCCUCCGGCGUUCUCUCCCUGGACGGAACAGGAAACCUUGUAAUCCUCUCCUCCUCAUCCGGUUCAGACCCUGUUUGGUCGGCCAAUGUCAGCUCAACCUCAGGGAAUCAGUUUUCUUGUCAACUUUUGGAUACAGGGAACUUGAAAUUGGUUGACGGAGAAGAAACGGUAGUAUGGCAGAGCUUCGAUCAUCCCACAGAUACAUGGCUUCCAUUCAUGAAACUGGGUCUGGACAGAAAGACAGGUCUAAACCGGUUCCUUACUUCAUGGAAAUCUGAAGAUGAUCCCGGAACAGGGGAGUCAGUUUACAAGCUAGAUAUUACAGAGUGGCCGGAGUUGAUCUACGAACAUGGUGCGAAUCGGAUAUGGAGAACCGGACCGUGGAUUGGAAACGGUUGGGUGGGAAUAACACAGGUGGUGAUGAGUCAAUACAUUUUCAAUGUGAGUUUUAUUAACAAUGAAGAUGAGGUAACCGUGAUGCAUAGAAUGUUUAACGAUUCGGUUCAUUCGAGGUUAGUGGCGAAUGAAUCGGGCGUUCUUCAGAGAGUAACAUGGCAAGAGGACAGUAAUCAAUGGUAUGCGAGCUGGUUAUCAUCAAAUAUGGAAGCUUGCAACAGUUUCGGGCACUGCGGGGCGUAUGGAAACUGCGACCCUGAAACUACUAAGAGUACUUUUGAGUGUAUGUGCUUACCUGGGUUUGAACCGAAAUCGAAGGAUAAUUGGUAUAUAACACGUGAUGGUUCGGAUGGUUGUGUUAGAAAGAAAGGUCGGUCGGUGUGUGGUGAUGGGUUUGUGAAGGUGGAGAAUGCAAAGUCACCGGAUACUAGAGUGGCUCGGUUGAACCGGAGGAUGGGAUCAGUAGAAGCAUGCAGAGAGGAAUGUCUCAAGAAUUGCACGUGCACAGCUUAUGCAAGUGCAAGAGAUCCCGAUCUUGAUCAGUCAUCGUGUAUAACCUGGCAUGGGGAAUUGGUCGACACAAGAAUCAUUCCAAAUGGUGGCCAGGAUUUGUACGUUCGGGUUGAUGCAGUCGAAUUAGAUAGAAAGAAAAACCGACGAAUGUUGUUUACUCCAACUAAUGGUUCAUCAAACAAAUUUUGCUCAACCGAAAAGCCCGUUGAUGAUUUCCCCUUUUUCGACUUAAAUACCCUUGUUGUGGCGACAAAUCAUUUUUCUAUUUCAAACAAAUUGGGGGAAGGCGGAUUUGGCACUGUUUAUAAGGUAUUUUUACUAGCAAAAAAUUCCGAUCAAGGUGUGGAAGAAUUUAAGAAUGAAGUUUCUUUAAUAGUGAAACUUCAACAUAGAAAUUUAGUUAGGCUUUUAGGAUGUUGUUUUCAACCACAUGAGAAGAUGCUUAUAUAUGAAUACUUGCCAAAUAAGGGAUUGGACUCAUUCAUUUUUGAUGAAGAUAAAUGUUAUAUACUUAAUUGGGAGAAGCGAUUUAACAUCAUUUUGGGAAUAGCAAGAGGAAUGAUAUACCUUCACCAAGACUCUCGACUCAAAAUAAUCCAUAGAGAUUUAAAAGCCAGCAAUAUUUUAUUGGAUGAUGGAUUGAAUCCUAAAAUCUCGGAUUUUGGAAUGGCUAGAAUUUUUGGAGGUGAUCAAAUGGAAGCCAAUACAAAAAGGGUAGUUGGAACAUACUUUGGUGUCAUAUUGCUUGAGAUUAUAAAUGGGAGAAAAAAUACCAGUUACCAUCAAGAGAACACGAUUAAUUUGAUAGGACAUGCUUGGGCAUUAUGGAACGAAGGUAAAGUCUUUGAUAUAAUUGAUUCGAAGAUGGGUGAUUCAUGGAAACACGAAGAAGUUUUGAGAUGUUUUCAAAUAGGGCUUCUAUGUGUGCAAGAACUUGCUUUGGACAGACCAACUAUGUCAGAUGUUGCUUUCAUGCUAUGUAAGGAAAUGACUUUACCUUCUCCCAAACAACCCGCUUUCAUCCUCAAUGGAUAUAAGAUGAAUAUCUUGGAAUCACCAACAUGUGUCAAAGUCAUCUCAUUCUCAAUUCUUGUUCUUGUGGUGCUUCUCUCUCUUUUUGGAUACUGCAACUCACUAGACACCAUAACCGUCGGCAACCCUUUAAAGGACGACGGCAGCUCGAUCGUCUCCAGCGGUGGAAUCUUUGGUCUUGGAUUCUUCAGCCCCGGCAAGUCAUCCACUAACCGAUAUGUCGGGAUUUGGUACUUAUUCUCUAAUCAAACCGUUGUUUGGGUUGCCAACAGAGACAACCCACUUCGUGAUUCCUCCGGGGUUCUCUCCUUUGACGAUAAAGGAAACCUUAUAAUCCUCUCCUCCUCCUCCGGUAGUUCUAACGUCCCUGUUUGGUCGACCAAUGUCUCAGGAUCAUCAGGGAAUCAGUUUUCCGGUCAAUUGUUGGACACCGGAAACUUGAAAUUAAUCCACGAUGAUUCCGUCGUAUGGCAGAGCUUCGAUUAUCCCACCAAUACUUGGCUUCCCCUUAUGAAACUGGGCCUGGACAGAAAGACCGGUCUAAACCGGUUCCUUACUUCAUGGAAAUCCGAAGAUGAUCCUGGAACAGGGGAAUUCUCGUACCGAAUGGAUCUUAUAACCGCUUUGCCCGAGAUGAUCUUUCAACAGGGAAAUACGAAUAGGAUAUGGAGAAGCGGACCAUGGAUCGGACGUGGUUGGGUCGGAGUACCACAAAUGAUAAGUACCAAUUUUUAUUUCACGGCCAAUUUCAUUAACAGUGAAGAUGAAGUGAGUGUAACGUAUAUCAUGUCGAACGAUUCUCGAUCGAUCUUCACUAGUGCCGUGGCAAAUGAGUCGGGAAUUAUGGAGAGACUGACGUGGAAGGAUUCCGAUCGUCAGUGGUAUGCGUUCUGGACAUCGAAAACAGAAGAAUGCGAUCAGUACAAUCACUGCGGCACUUAUGGAAAAUGCGACCCGCAAAUAACACAGAGUAGUUUUAAGUGCACGUGCUUACCCGGGUUUGAGCCAAAUUCGACGACUAAUUGGAACACCCUAAGAGAUGGUUCGGACGGGUGCGUGAGAAAGAAAGAUCGGCCGGUUUGUGGGGAAGGAGACGGGUUUAUUAAAGUGGAGCAAGCUAAGUCACCUGAUACCAGAGUGGCUCGAUUGAACCGGAAUAUGGGAGUAGAAGCAUGCAGAGAAGAAUGCCUCAAUAACUGCACAUGCACUGCUUAUGCAAGUGCUGAAGAUCCUGAUCAAUGUAUAACUUGGCACGGAGAAUUGCUCGAUAUAAGACUCAUUCAAGGUGGAGGCCAGAACCUCUACGUACGCGUCGCUGCCAUCGAAUUAGCUGAAUAUUUGAAGUCGCAGCGGUCAGUUAAGGUCAGGCGUAAACAACAAAUGGUGUACAUAAUUGUGAUCUUUACCUCUAUAGCAUUAGUCAUUGCCAUCCUACUUAUGGUUUACUGGUUCAUAAUGCCAUGUAGGCCUGCUGUGGCCGAGAACCGAGUACGCCUGCUCCUGCUGUCCGAGUGUGUUGCUGCUGAUAGCCAGAACCGCGCCAGGAGGCGCCUUGUUGCUGUUGACCAGAUGCGUGCCAGGGGGCGCUUUGCUGCUGCGGCCAGAUCUGUUGUGUCGGGUAGGGACAAGGGGGUGCUGUCCAGCCCGCAGGCGCCCACUGUGCCCAUUGUUGUUGGCCAGGAGGUGCCCAGAAUUGCUGCUGCUGGUGAGAGAAAGAUAAAGGAACGACAAAUACUUCUUACUUCAGCUAACGGUUCAUCAAUUGAACCUUCCACAACAGGAAAGCCUUUUGAGGAUUUCCCAUUUUUCGAACUUAGUACCAUUGUUGCAGCCACAAACAAUUUUUCCAUUUCCAACAAACUCGGACAAGGCGGAUUUGGCUCGGUUUAUAAGGGAUGUUUCAAGGAUGGGGUAGAGAUUGCUGUGAAAAGAUUAGCGAAAAGUUCACAUCAAGGCGUGGAAGAGUUUAAGAAUGAAGUUUCUUUAAUUGCCAAACUUCAACAUAGAAAUUUGGUGAGGUUGUUAGGAUGUUGUGUUGAACAUCGUGAGAAGGUUCUCGUAUAUGAAUACUUACCAAAUAAAUGCUUGGACUCAUUCAUUUUCGAUGAAGAGAAAUGUUCUCAACUAAAUUGGGAGAAACGGUAUAACAUCAUUUUGGGAAUUGCAAAGGGAAUGGUUUAUCUUCACCAAGAUUCUCGGUUAAAGAUAAUUCAUAGGGACUUAAAAGCUAGCAAUGUUUUGUUAGAUAAUGAGUUGAAUCCUAAAAUCUCGGAUUUUGGAAUGGCAAGAAUUUUUAAAGGCAAUCAAAAUGAAGCAAAUACAAAUAGGGUAGUUGGAACAAUUGGUUAUAUGCCUCCAGAAUAUGCUAUGGGAGGACUAUACUCUAUAAGAUCUGAUGUCUUCAGUUACGGUGUUGUAUUGCUCGAGGUUAUAAGUGGAAGGAAAAAUAACAGUUAUUAUCGAGAGAACACGAUUAAUUUAAUUGGACACGCUUGGGAAUUAUGGAAAGAAGGUCAGGCCUUAGAUAUAAUUGACUCAAGGAUGGGAGAUUUAUGGCCAAACCAAGAAGUUUUGAGAUGCAUUCACAUAGGACUUCUAUGUGUGCAAGAACAUGCUAUGGACAGACCAACUAUGUCGGAAGUUGUUUUCAUGUUAUGCAAAGAGAUGUCUUUACCUUCUCCAAAGCAGCCCGCUUUCAUCUUCAAUGGACAAGACAUGAAUGCAUCGGAUUCUUCGACGAACAUUAAAGUGAACUCCAUAAACAACCUUAGCAUUACUGAGAUCAUGGCUAGAUGA